AUGUGCAGGUGUUGUUUGCAACUUUGCGGGCUCUAUUCAUGAAUCUGAUUGCUUUCUAUAUGUGUACCACCCCACCGCGCCUUGCUGAACAGCACAUCACUGCUCUUUUUAGGGCUCUCCGUUUUCUCAUCUUCACUGUAAGCUCUCUUUAAUUCGCGCUCUUUCUAGGGGAGAAUAACAUUUUAGGAUAUGGCUACUGGAACGGAAGUUGAAUCAGGACUUUCUAGUGAGAAUGUAUUAGAAUGGCCUAAGAAAGACAAGCACCGGUUUCUACAUGCUGUUUAUCGAGUUGGGGAUUUGGAUAGGACCAUAAAAUUUUACACUGAGUGCUUUGGGAUGAAGCUUUUGAGGAAAAGAGAUAUUCCUGAAGAGAAAUAUUCAAAUGCCUUUCUUGGAUUUGGGCCUGAAGAAUCACAUUUCGUGGUGGAGCUGACUUAUAAUUAUGGAGUGGAUAAGUAUGAUAUUGGCAAAGGCUUUGGACAUUUUGCAAUUGCAACGGAAGAUGUAUAUAAAUUGGUGGAAGAUAUCAAGGCAAAGGGUGGAAAGAUAACUAGGGAACCUGGUCCUGUUAAGGGAGGGACAACUUUCAUAGCUUUUGCGCAAGAUCCGGAUGGCUACAUUUUUGAGCUAAUUCAGAGGGGUCCUACACCUGAGCCUCUCUGUCACGUUAUGCUUCGUGUUGGAGACUUGGACCGAUCUAUCAAGUUCUAUGAAAAAGCCUGUGGAAUGAAGCUAUUGAGGAUAUCUGAUAACCCUGCUUACAAGUACACACUAGCUAUGAUGGGGUAUGCUGAGGAGAAGGAGACAACAGUUCUGGAGUUGACAUACAAUUAUGGUGUGACUGAGUACACUAAAGGAAAUGCCUAUGCACAGAUUGCUCUUAGUACGGAAGAUGUAUACAAGUCUGCUGAAGCAAUUCGACUGGUAACCCAAGAACUUGGAGGGAAGAUAACCCGGGAACCAGGGCCCAUUCCUGGAAUCAACACCAAAAUUACAUCUUUCCUUGAUCCAGAUGGAUGGAAAGUGGUUUUUGUAGACCACUCAGAUUUCUUGAAGGAGCUGCACCAGGAAGGGUGAAUUUCCAUCUUGGUUGGUGCAUUGGGAUGGCAGGUAUUACUAGUAGCUUGGCUUAGUUGAACCUACAUGCCCCUUGCUGCAUCAUAUGGAGAGGGAUACUCUCUUCUCUUUUUGUGCUUUCACUGGGAUAAGUUGUAGCCUCGAAAACUCUUCUGAUAGUGAACCUCUUUACAUCUCGUAUGGCACCCAAGAGAUAAACUCUUGAUAAUAUGGAGCUUGUUUUCAUGAAUAUGGAGUUUGCUUUUAUGAAUAUGUGUGUUUAGCAUAUGUUUGGAUGCUACUUGUACGAUUUUAUGCUUUCAAAGGUGCACGCAUUUACCUUAAA